AUGCACGUAUACCCGUCACAGUUUUCAAGGGUAUAUGAAGAGAUCAAGAGAACUUCAUUGUCACAUUCCAACUGUAAGUUGAUUAUAUUUGUGUCAUGUCUUGAUAUUGACUCUUUAUGUUCAUCCAAGAUUUUAUGUAAUAUAUUUAAGAAGGAAUUGAUCCAAUACCAAUUAAUACCAGUUGUUGGAUAUAGUGAUUUAAAAACUCAUUUUCUCAAAUUAGAUGAUGAUAUUACUAAUGUCAUAUUUAUAGGAUGUGGAGCAAUGUUGGAUGUCGAAAGUUUCUUGGAAAUUGAUGUUGAUAGUUUCACUUUAGGAGAGAUAGAUGAUAAACAAGACCCUUUAAGUAAGUUACAAUCAUUGAGAAGAAAGAUAUUCAUUAUUGAUGGACACCGACCAUGGAAUUUAGAUAAUAUAUUUGGUUCAAAUAUGGUGGUAUGUUUUGAUGAUGGGUUUGUAGAUGAAAAUUUAAUACAGGAGAAGCAAGCAUAUAAUAAAUUAGUUGAAAUGGAUGAUCAAGAGGCUAGCGAAGAAGAAAGUGAAAAUGAAAGUGACACAGAUGAGGAUGAAUUCAAAGAGGAUGAAGAUGACGAAGACAUAGAGAUCGAUGGAGAUUUGGAAAUCCAUUCUGAUGAUGAUGAACUUACCAUCAACCGUAAACGUAAGAGACAACAACAUCAAUAUAAGAAGAUAAAAAAACAAAGACGUCAAGAAAUUAAUAAAAAUGAAGAUAUAAUAGAGACAUAUUAUAGUCAAGGUACCACGAUAAUGACAUCUACUACAGGAACUAUCUAUGCAUUGUUGUCGUCUAUCGGUGAAACCUCGAUUGAAAAUUUAUGGUUAUCAAUAAUUGGUACUUCAUCCUUGGAUAAUCAUUAUCCUGAAGUAUAUGAUAAAUUCCAUCCUUUAUUCAAAGAUGAAGUUAUCAGAUUAAACCCUUCCAAUAGUGUUUCUGAUGAGAAAACGGCCGAUUCUACAGUGUUAACUAUGGAUAAGGAUUAUCAUUUAUUCUUAUUAAGGCAUUGGACGUUAUAUGAUUCCUUCUUCUAUAGUAGUCAUGUUAAUUCCAAAUUGAAUUUAUGGACAGAAGAUGGUAAGAAGAAAUUACAUAAAUUGUUUGCUAAAAUGGGAGUUUCAUUAGCUAUAGCUCAACAAAAAUGGAUUUAUAUGGACAUCGAUGUUAAGAAGAAUUUACCUUUCAUUUUCAAUAAAUAUUUACCGCUUUAUGGAUUGGAAGGAAUUGUAAGAGAAGGUUUCAUAAGAACCUUUGGUUUCACUGGUCAGUUAUCUGCAAUGGAAUGUGUUGAAUCAUUGACAGCUUUAUUGGAAUCUGACAAAAGAUUACUCAAUGAUAAUAAAACAAAUAGUUUGUUAGAUGAUGAAGAGGAAGAAGACGAUGUAGAUGAUGAAGUUAUUAAUUCUAGAAUCCAAAAACGUGAAAAAAUUUGGGUGAAUAAUUUCUGGUCAUCAUGGGAUGCUUUGAAUAUGACAACUGUUAAUACUAAUAACCAAGUAACGUCAAUUAUCUCAGCACAAUCAAACUUCAAGAAAUCGAAAGGAUUAGAUUUACUUUUACAAGGUUUGGAAAAUGCUAAAAAGAUCCAAACCAUUAUCUUUAAAACCGGUAUGUCUCUUUUGGAGAGAAAAUUAAUUAAGAAUUUAAGGUUAUAUAGAUUAUGUGUUUUAAAUGAUGGGUCAGUACCAGAUUUGAAUAUUUUCAAUAAUCCUUUAAUUUUAUCUAAAUUAGGUAGUUGGCUUCUUGAAAACAUAACAGAAUUAGAAUUUCUUAACAACAAGAAUUCCUUGAAACCUUUAGUGGUUGCAAGUUUAGAUGUAGCCAGUGAUACUUAUUUAGUCAUAGGGUUAGCUCCUAAAUAUCCUCGAGGAAUGAAUAAUUCUGAGAAAGCUAAAUUAUUCCAACAACAACAAAAGAAGAAACAAAAUAAAGAAAAUGAAAUAACUCCUAAUAAUGAUGAUGACAAAGAUGAAAUCGAUAAGAAUGCUGUCACUACUAGAUUAAAUACUUUCAGUGUUGCAUUCCAACAAGUGGCCAACACUUCUGGUGCUAAAGUUAGAAUCGAUAGUUUUGACAGUUCUGUUAUCGAAAUCAGAAAAGAUGAUUUAUCUCCAUUCUUGGAAAAAUUAACCUUAAGUGGUAUGAUUUAA